AUGGCCGUCUUUGACAUGAUUUUUGCGCUUGUGUGUCAAAUGGAGAAUGAAGAAGAGUCAGCCGAUCACUUCUAUCGGAAAUCGCGCCAUUCAUACGCAAUCGACACUAUCGAUGAUCCUUCACUAAAGACCGUCCAACUAUUGGUGCUAACAGGUAUUUACCUUCAAUCAACUAAGUUUGCAAGUCGAUGUUGGACUGUUGUCGGCUCAGCAAUUCGAUAUGCACAUUACCUUGGUCUGGAUGUGCAAGAUGAGGAAUUAUCGUCUCGGGCUGAACAUGGAUAUGUCAUGCGACGGCGAGUAUGGCAUAGCUGUAUAAUACUUGACAGGUUGUUGUCGCUUUCCUUCAAUCGGAAGAGCAUGACUUGCGAGAACAUUGGUGUAGAUAUACCACCAAUGACUGAACAAAACAGCUUGAGAAAUUCAGAAAGCAGUCAUAUCUCAUCAUUCAUCAGAUUCUCUGUCACCUUGUUUGAAAUCAUGAAUAAAACACUUGUCGAUAUUUACCAUCAACAUUCUCAUGGGAGUAGGUCAAAGGAGACCCCUUGUCAUUGGUGGAAACGGCCUCAGCUGGCGAAUAUCCUUUCUCAAAGCCAGGCUGUCGAUGAUCUUCGCUCCGAGAUUCCCGACUAUCUCAAUCCAGAUGUGAAAGAAAGACGAACGGCUGAACUUUUCGUCGAAGAGCUUGGAUGGCAAAGCUAUGUUUUCCGAUCUAGGUGA